CAGCAUGAACCGCGGCCACCGGCACGGGGCGGGCAGCGGCUGCCUGGGCACCAUGGAAGUGAAGAGCAAGUUUGGAGCUGAAUUUCGUCGGUUUUCACUGGAAAGAUCAAAACCUGGAAAAUUUGAGGAGUUUUAUGGACUACUGCAACAUGUUCAUAAGAUACCCAAUGUUGACGUUUUAAUAGGCUAUGCAGACAUCCAUGGAGACUUACUACCUAUAAAUAAUGAUGAUAAUUAUCACAAAGCUGUUUCAACAGCCAAUCCACUGCUUAGGAUUUUUAUACAAAAGAAGGAAGAAGCAGACUACAGUGCCUUUGGUACAGACACGCUAAUAAAGAAGAAGAAUGUUUUAACCAAUGUACUGCGUCCUGACAACCAUAGAAAAAAGCCACAUAUAGUCAUUAGUAUGCCCCAAGACUUCAGACCUGUGUCUUCUAUUAUAGACGUGGAUAUUCUCCCAGAAACACAUCGCAGGGUUCGUCUUUACAAAUAUGGCACUGAGAAACCCUUAGGAUUCUACAUCCGGGAUGGCUCCAGUGUCAGGGUAACACCACAUGGCUUAGAGAAGGUCCCAGGGAUCUUUAUAUCCAGGCUUGUCCCAGGAGGUCUGGCUCAAAGCACAGGACUAUUAGCUGUUAAUGAUGAAGUUUUAGAAGUUAAUGGCAUAGAAGUUUCAGGGAAGAGUCUUGAUCAAGUAACAGACAUGAUGAUUGCAAACAGCCGCAACCUCAUCAUAACAGUGCGACCAGCAAACCAGAGGAAUAAUGUUGUUAGAAAUAGUCGGACAUCCGGCAGCUCCGGCCAGUCUACUGAUAAUAGCCUUCCCGGCUAUCCACAGCAGAUCGAACCAAGCUUUGAGCCAGAGGAUGAAGACAGUGAGGAAGAUGACAUUAUUAUUGAAGACAACGGAGUGCCACAGCAGAUUCCAAAAGCUGUUCGGAAUACCGAGAGCCUGGAAUCAUUAGCACAAAUAGAGCUCAGUUUUGAGUCUGGACAGAAUGGUUUUAUUCCUUCUAAUGAAGUGAGCUUAGCACCCGUAGCCAGUGGCACAAACACAGAAUUUGAAACACGUGCUCCAGAUCAAAAACUCUUAGAAGAAGAUGGAACAAUUAUAACGUUAUGAAACCAUUGUUUGAAUGUUCUCUGAGUGAGAAUGGCUUGGGAACUUGUAAAUUUGGCUGGUUUAAAGCAUAUAUGUAUACCUCUGAACCAGUGAUGUGGAAUAGGCAUGAGAAAGAGAAUAUUGCAAGUUUAAAAUGUUAUUUAAAUAGUAGUUUGGUAAUUGUUAAUAUAAACUUUGGGUCAGAGGUGAAUUUAAAUCUAAAAGGGGCCUUUGCUGAUGAAAUUAUGUGCUUUUGCUAUUUUGUCUAUGGAGAACUGGAUAUUAGAGCACAUUCUCAGAACUGUGUGAGAGAACUAGAUCAUUUCUGUUUGAAGUGGUUGCAUAUUUAAACUGCUGUGCAGAGCCCAGUUAAUUUUUCCUUUAACUAUAUUUUUAAAAUUCUGAUGUGAAGAAGUCUGGUUCUAUCUCUUUUGGUACACUGGGGACCUCAGCUCUUAGGUUCCCGAUAUUUUGUUUCGAUUUUUUAAUGUUGUUCCUCUGUUACUAAUUGUGGCAAAUUAUUUUUUCAGAUGCAUUUUUUCUAAUUUCUAAGAAAUGAAAUCAAUUGACUGUUUUUAGGAGUUGCUUCCCAUGUUGUAAAGUGUUGAAGCUGUGUUCUUGAGUUAUGAAACUCUAACAGUUGUUCGAGUUGGUAUUUGUCCAUCUUAUAGCUGUCAUAUUUACAAACUAAUUCCAUAUGGGUGUAAUUUAUGUUUUAAAAGGCAAUCCCAUUGACUCCGGUGAUGCGGGAGACUCUCCUUUAACCUGUUCUUGUCCUCAUUCCCCAUCUCAUUGAGAAUCAUUCCUUUUUUUAGUGUGUAUGUUUUGUUGGUGUGCUUUUAUACUCUUAAUGUAUUCAAGUGAUAUGAAUCAUUUUUGAUUAAAAAUGCACCCAAAUUCAGAGAUUUAUUAACACACAGGAUAAACUCGUGCACUUUUUAUACAAAAAAAUUGGAUUUUACUUUAUGGAAUUUCUAGGAAUGCUGCCUACACUUUAUGAAAAAUAUGUAGUAUUCACCUAUGGCAGGUAGAAUUUAUCACUGUUGAUUUUAUGAGGUUAUUUAUUACUUUCCAGUGCAUCCACUUAGAAGACGUCAAGAAUAAGGCUGCUAACUUUCAUUCCUUGCCUGAUUUCACUGUACAAUGUGCGCAGGCACUACAGUAUGCUUGUAUAUAAGACACUAAGAAUAUUAUGAGGUACAUAAGUUCUCUGUGGCUUAUGGAGAGUUAUUUAUUAAUUAAUUUUAUGGUAGGACUAGUAUGGAUACCUUUAUAACAAUUGUGUGCUAUUAAAACAAUGAAGAUUCAAAUGACUCCAUUUUGAAGGAUGUUUUCUCUAUAUGGUAAAAUAUAUGAAGUAAAGUCUUGAUUAAAUGAAGAUCACGUGGCUCAGAAUACUUCAGUGUGUUUUGUUCACAUUACCACUAAGCAUAUUAUCAGUACACUAUUAACUGACUGCACAACAUUAUGUAAUACAAUGUACUUUUUGUUGAAUUCACCGAAGUUCUUCCAUUUGUAUACCAUUAUUUUUUAAUGACAUUCUGGCUUUAACAUUCCGAGUCUUAUAAAUUUGACUCUUGGAAGGAGAAUAAUGUUA